CCCCGGAAGUUGCUGCUGGCUCCAGCCACGCUGCGGGUCGCGUCUCCCCGCCAUUAAAGGCUCUGCGUGGCUCUGCAGCCUCUUCUGUCAGGUUGUGACCUUACCGACCGCGGGAGUCAUAGGAAGGAGCUUAGGGGACCCAGUAAAUGUAGGAAUGGACUCAGUGGCCAUUGAGGAUGUGGCUGUGAACUUCACCCCAGAGGAGUGGGCUUUACUGGAUCCUUCACAGAAGAAACUCUACAGAGAUGUGAUGUGGGAAACCUUCAGGAACCUGGCCUCUGUAGGAAAAAGAAGGGAAGAUCAUGACAUUGAAGAUGAGUACAAAAGCCAGGGGAGAAGACUAAGAAGUCAUAUGGUAUUGAGACUCUGUGAAAGUGAAGAGGGUAGUCAGUGUGGAGAAAACUUCAUCCUUAUUCCAAAUGUUGAUCUGAACAAGAAAACUAGUGCAGCAAAACCAUGUAAAGAUAGAGCCUGUGGAAAAGUCUUCAUGCGUCAUUCAUCCAUUAAUAGGCACGUUACUGGUCACACUGAACACAAACCAUAUGACUGUGAAAAAUAUGGGGAGAAGAAAUAUAAAUGUAAGGAAUGUGGGAAAGCCUUCGUUUUUCCCAGUGCUCUUCGAAGACAUGAAAGAACUCAUACUGGAGAGAAACCCUAUGAAUGUAAAAAAUGCAGUAAAGCACUGGCUUCAUCCAAGUCUCUUCAAAUACAUGAAAGAAGUCAUACUGGAGAGAAACCAUAUAAAUGUAAAAAAUGCAAUAAAGCAUUCAUUUCUUCCAGGUGUCUUCAAACGCAUGAAAGAACUCAUACUGGAGAGAAACCAUAUAAAUGUAAAAAAUGCAGUAAAGCAUUCAUUUAUUCCAAGUCUCUUCAAUUACAUGAAAGAAAUCAUACUGGAGAGAAACCCUAUCAGUGUAAAGAAUGUGGGAAAGCCUUUAUAGCUCCCUCAGGCCUUCGAUCACACAUGAUCUGUCACACUGGAGAUGGACCUUAUAAAUGUAAGGAAUGUAAGAAAGUAUUUGUUUCUCCUAGUGCACUUCGAAUACAUGAAAGGAGUCACACUGGAGAGAAACCCUAUGAAUGUAAAAAUUGUGGUAAAGCAUUCAGUCAUCCCAGAAAUCUUCGAGUGCAUGAAAGAUGUCACACUGGAAAGAAACCCUAUGAAUGUAAGGACUGUGGGAAAGACUUUAUUGCUCUCACCACCCUUCAAGUUCACAUGAUCACUCACACUGGAGAUGGACCUUAUAAAUGUAAGGAAUGUGGGAAAGUUUUCGUUCAUCCCAGUUCAUUUCAAAUACAUGAAAGGAGUCAUACUGGAGAGAAACCAUACGAAUGUAAAGAAUGCAGCAAAGCAUUCAGUUGUACCAGUUCUCUUCGAGUACAUGAAAGAAUUCAUACAGGAGAGAAACCAUAUGAAUGUAAAAAGUGCAGUAAAGCAUUCAUUCAUUCCAAGUCUCUUCGAGUACACGAAAGAAAUCAUACUGGGGAGAAACCCUAUCAGUGUAAAGAAUGUGGGAAAGCCUUUACAGCUCCCUCAAGCCUUCAAUCACACAUGAUCUGUCACACUGGAGAUGGACCUUAUAAAUGUAAGGAAUGUAAGAAAGUAUUUGUUUUUCCUAGUGCACUUCGAAUGCAUGAAAGGAGUCACACUGGAGAGAAACCCUAUGAAUGUAAAAAUUGUGGUAAAGCAUUCAGUCAUCCCAGAAAUCUUCGAAUGCAUGAGAGAUGUCACACUGGAAAGAAACCCUAUGAAUGUAAGGACUGUGGGAAAGACUUUAUUGCUCUCACCACCCUUCAAGUUCACAUGAUCACUCACACUGGAGAUGCACCUUAUAAAUGUAAGGAAUGUGGGAAAGUAUUCAUUCAUCCCAGUUCAUUUCAAAUACAUGAAAGGAGUCAUACUGGAGAGAAACCAUAUGAAUGUAAAGAAUGCAGCAAAGCAUUCAGUUGUACCAGUUCUCUUCGAGUACAUGAAAGAAUUCAUACAGGAGAGAAACCAUAUGAAUGUAAAAAAUGCAGUAAAGCAUUCAUUUAUUCCAAGUCUCUUCGAGUACACGAAAGAAAUCAUACUGGGGAGAAACCCUAUCAGUGUAAAGAAUGUGGGAAAGCCUUUACAGCUCCCUCAGGCCUUCGAUCACACAUGAUUUGUCACACUGGAGAUGGACCUUAUAAAUGUAAGGAAUGUAAGAAAGUAUUUGUUUUUCCUAGUGCAUUUCGAAUACAUGAAAGGAGUCACACUGGAGAGAAACCCUAUGAAUGUAAAGAAUGUGGCAAAGCAUUCAGUUGUACCAGUUCUCUUCGAGUACAUGAAAGAAUUCAUACAGGAGAGAAACCAUAUGAAUGUAAAAAAUGCAGUAAAGCAUUCAUUUCUUCCAGUUCUCUUCAAGUACAUGAAAGAAUUCAUACUGGAAAGUAACCCUUUGAAUGUAAGGAAUGUGGAAAAGCCUUUAGAGAUCCUUCAAGCCUUCAAUCACACGAUUGUUCACACUGGAGAUGGACUUUACAAAUGUAAGGAAUGUGAGAAAGCAUUCAUGUAUCCCAGAUUACUCCGAAGACAUGAAACAAAUCACACUGGAGUGAAAACCUAUGAAUAUAAAGAAAAUGGGAAAGUCUUCAGUUCUCAUCAAAUUUUCCAAAUACAUGAAAGAGAUCAUACUGGAUAGAAACCGUAUGAAUAUGCAAAAUAUAGUAAAGCAUUUGUUUUCCCAGUUCUCUCUGAAGAAUUGAAAGAACUCGUACUGGAGAGAAACCCUGUGAAUAACAGGAAAGUGGGAAAGCUUUUGUUUGUCAUGCAAACUUUUGAGGAUAUGGGAGAAUGCACACUAGAAGAAAAACCAUGUAAAAGUAAUGAACGUGGUAAGACUUUUGUCAUCCCAGAUCUUAAUGAAGGCAUAAAAAGAGUCCCUUGGUUCCAACAUCUUGGAUGUGAACAACACAGGAAAGACAUCACAUGGCUUACACCAUUAUAUGUGUAAUUCCCACUAAAAAGAAAUACAAAUAUAAGUCAUGAGAAAAUUUGAUGGGAAUUAAUGUGUAGGCUGUUCUAGAAAACUUGCAACAUGAAAGAGUUGUUAUGAAAUUUGUAAACCUAUUGUGCUUACCAAGGAUCUUUCUUAAAGUGUGACAUUGGAUUGUGGAUUUCUAUUAAGUGCUUUCAGAAAUGAAGAUUGAGGUGAGAUCAUUCUGCAAGUCAUCCUUCAUCAAUAGUACAUAAGAUUACUAAGUAGUGGUUUUUCCUUAAAUCAACUGAUAAUAUUUUCUCUUCAAUUUUUUUAUAGUGUAUUCAUUUUUCUGUGUUUAGGGACAAUUGAGAAUGACAGUUUGUAUUUGUUGGGAUUUUCUUACUGUCUUUGUAUUGCAGUUCCCAGAUAUGCCUAAUCCAUUGUAUAUAUUGUGCCUUUCUUAGAGAAAGCUCCUUUUCUGGGGCAGUGGGUAUAGUAGACUUUUUUUAUUUUCUAUACUAUUAAACAGUUGGAAUAAAUUUUGAUGUAUGGCAAGUGUAUCAAAGAGUA